AUGGACAAAAAGCUUCUGCGACCAAUUCUCCUCUACGAAUACAAAAAUGGUCUCAAAGCAGCAGAAACUGCCAGGAGUAUAAACGAAGCUUUUGGCCCCGAAACGGUGAAGGAGAGAACGGUACGAUGGUGGUUUAAAAAGUUCAAGAAUGGCUGUGAAAACUUGGAGGAUGUGGAUCGAACUGGUCGGCCAACCGAGUUCAACAACAACAUGUUGAUCCAGAUUCUGGAUUCAGAGCCUGGAAUCACAUCAAAUGAUCUCGCUGAACGGUUAAAGGUAACUAGGGUUACUGUAAAACAAUACCUGAGAAAGAUUGGUCGAUUAAAUGAAGUAGAAACGGCAGAAAAAGUGAAAAAAGUGCCAGAUAUUAAAAAUAAAAUGAAAAGCAAGAGGACGCUACAGAUGGAGAUUCUGAAUACCAAAGAGCUCGUAUUGCCAUAA